CGCGCGCACUUCACGAAAUACCGGAGUGGCGGCGGCCAUCUUUAUGCGGCCAACAGCUGUUCCCGGCAGCGAGCGAACUCCCCCCGGUUAUCUGGGUCACGGGAACUGCGCAACACUCUCGGUACCGCAGUUAUACGGUGGUUAUCGCCAUCGUGGAAUACAACAAUUUCCACGAGGAAUAGACGAUAGAAAAAUGGUUGUUGGUCCGGGUGCGAGUAGAUCGCCCGCGGAGACAGGAGCGCAAGGAUGCCGUAGACUGCCAUUGGCGCACUCGGAGGGGGCUGCUCGUUCAUUGGCCGAGAGAACUUUGAUCAUGGCGGCGGGGAGCACACGCAACGGUCGUCAUUUCGUCGUCACGCUCGACGCACCGGCGGACGACGCCAUCGCCGUGGGAUCUUUUUCACGCUGCAUCGGGAGUCUGCGUUUGGACUCGUUGGGAAAAACGUCCCGAUUAAAAACCGAGGAAAGAAAAAUAUGAAUUACUCGUUGCGACGGUGGGGCGCGCCAAAUUUUUUUUUUUCAAAAACUACAACCACCGAUGCGACACCCCAUGAUUUUCACGACCACGCGUUAAAGUCUCGGCAAACGAAAACUGACGCAUGCAAGGAGGAGGGCGGCGGGGAGGGUGUUGCGUUGGAUCAAGGAAACAACCAUGGCGGUUGUGGGAUGUAAAUUAUUAUUGUCACGUGCAACCAUAUUUCAUACUGUUUACGUGGUGGUAGCGGUGGUAAAAGCCGAUGGUUCGAGCGAACGAUAAGCGACUUUGUUUUUCGAAUUUCCAAGCAUUUUUUUACGCAAGGCAAAGUUUGCGGUCGGCGCCACCGGCUCGGCCACCCACGUGCUUCUUGGCUCUAUCGGUAAUUUGAAAAUUAAAUUCACACGCGGCGGGGGAGCGACGAAAAAAAGUCGCUGGUGCAGAGUGCAGAGUGCGCCUUGACACGUAGACUGCUGCAGGUAAACGCGUUCGCGCUACCGAGUAAACAAAACAACAACAACAACAACGAUGAAAAAUUCCCUCAAAAAUGUAUUCAAAGUAGCAUCAACAGUCGCGCGGCGAAAUGGGUAGUGAAUCGAAGCAACGAUGAAUCUAAUCGUAAGUCCGAAACAGAGGGUGAGAAAAAAUUGCCUCGUAUCUUAAAAAAUUACAACCUUGGCGAUUCCGUGUCACCGUUCCGUACGCAUACCUCCCCCCGUGCAGGGGGCGUUCGAACGCAUCGUGCACAAGAACACGUUGAAUCCUCGGUGCAUCGGGGGAUCGUGCACGGGACUCGUAUCGGUUGCAUUACGGUCUUGUUGUUACCGGCGGAGUGUUCGUCGGUCCGUCCCGGUGCGAACAAGUGUACCCCGUGCUCGGGUCGACCGGGGGGGCUCGUCACCUGGCCCGAGGCCGACGCCCCACCUCGAGGAAUACACGCCCUCUCGAUUUUCAUCGCGUACAUUCGUUAUUCGAUGUUGUCACCGCGAUCCGCAUCGCAAGUGUUCACCCGCUGACGGAUUUUUUUCUUCACCCAAAGUUCGUCCGGGUGCACGGGCCGGUUUCCCCUCCCCGCCCCUUUCCGGAUCUAAUCCUUCCCGGGACGUGGUGUAAAAUUUUUAAUAAUCAUUAUCGGUUAUAUCGAACGCGGUGUGUCGAUUCCUCGGCAAACUAGGAGGAGACCGAGAAACGGGUUUCACGCAACAGAGUAAAACAAACGUCUGUGGGGAAGCGAGUGGUGGUGGCGGUGGUGGUGGUGGUCGUCGUCGUCGUCGUCGUCGUCGUCGUCGUCGUCGUCGUCAGUGGACAAGAGAUCUCCCGCUGCUAUUAUUUUGGCGGUGUGGGGAUAAAAUUUGACAACGCGGCCGCGCGCAGUCGUCGUCGACGACGAGAAAACGGAGUGUGGUUGUUCUCGUUCGGUUUCCAGCUUCGGCAAGUUCCGACGUGCGCGUACACCCGAUAAUCGAAAGUACAGCGUUGCCGUUGCGAAAGACGUCGUCGGCACCGCGUCCGCGAGAUGGAGCCGAAGAUCGCCUCGCCGCUUUUCAAUUCUGGAACCCCGUUUGCGCCGUCCCGGUCACUCGCGGGACCGUACCGCACACUUUCGGAAGCCAGGUAGCCGCCGCCGAGGAUACGGUCCGUUCAUCGGUCAUGCGCGACUCUCGCCCUACCCUAUAAACCCGAGCGAAAUAUCCACCGCCAAUCCGAUGAUUCCUUCGACUUCCGACGAAGCAGGUUCGUGCCAAACGGCGAGCGAACCCACCACCACCACCACCACCACCACCACCACCUACCCGCCGAACAACGAAGGCAAAACGCGUGGGCGAAGCGACGCGCAUGCAGCGUUUUCAUUUUUAAACAGGGAGGAGAACGAGAUACAACAACAAUAAAAAAAUAAAAAAAACAAAAACAACAAAAAACGGCGAAGUGUUAACUUUCCUAGUCGCGGGUAGCAGUAAAAGAAGAGUGGAGGACCGCGACUCUGGAGAGCGGAGGCAGCGGAGCCGGGCCGCUGUUUGUCUCCCGAUGUGGAUACAACGAUUCCGGAUCGCCGCAGACCGAAUUUCAUAUCGGUAUGAACCGAGUCGCGAUUGGACUGGAGAGCGGUUAUCCGAUUGGAGGACACCCGAGAUCGUAUCUGGCAACGCGAUGGGCGAAAAAUUUUAAUUUUUGCAAUGAAACGUCGAGCGCGGGAACCGGCGAUAGAAAAUUAUCAGGCGCGAUCAAUCGAUGGAAGGGGAGUUGGCCACGCGUUUUGCGCCUCGGUUAAUCGAUUCCGAAAAAAGACUCUCGACUCUCAAACAACUUAUAGGACUGCGGGUUUUGAAAUUCCCGCAACGCGCGCGGACACCGGGCAAUGAAAAUAUUCGUUUUACGGGUGAGGCGGGUUCGGAGGGAAGAUCCCGCGAAACGAAAAUAACGUACGAAGUAACUCUUUUCUUUAUCGUCAAUUUUCGGCGUCGAUCGCCGCGUUUCGAAUCGACUCAUAAUUCCCUCGAUUCGAAGCCCGCGCUUCGACCGCCGACGAAUCAGGAGGUAAUCUCUCUCUCUGUACAUAUGUGAGCGUACACCGAUCGAAUAAAAUUGAUAUCUAACUCCA